AAGCCAACAGUUUCCAUUGCCAAGCCAGUCAAACAACGCAGUUUCUAGCGUGACCCUUGAAGAUACUCGAAGAGACAGGCCACCGCAGAAUAUUCUGACAGACGACGAACGAAACGACCGCGCUGCACAAGCCAAAGAUGCUUCCGUCGGGAAGGGACUUUGGAAAGAGGCGCGUGCAAAACUGGAUGCAGACAGACUGUCGAAACUUGAGAAAUUCAUCGGUGACGGUGAAUGUGACCUUCAAGAUGCAGCCAGGGCGAAGCUGUCAGCGGUCAAAGAAUACCGCACAACCGUGAAGAUUGGUAAUAGAAAGAUCAACGUCAGGGAUGGGGCGAUGAAAGUCUGCGAGACAAUCCUCCGCUAUGAUUCUCUCAUCACAGCGGCUGUAGCCGCUGAACCUCAUGCCAGCCUUGCUUGGGGAAGCGUUGCUGCCUUCCUACCAAUUCUGUCCACGACAUUAUCGCAGACCGACGAUGCUCUCAAUAACCUAAGCGCCAUCUCAGCUUUACUUGUACGAUUUCGUGCCAUUGAGGUCAUUUACGACCUAUCAGAGCAUCCAGAGGAGAAAUUCGCGGCCUCGAAAUACAUUCAAGACCUUCACGGCCAGCUGAGAACCCAAACCAUUGACAUGUACACUCGGAUUCUAGAGUACCAGAUUGAGCUCAUUGGUCAUUACUCACGUAACCAAUUUCAACGGGUGGUCAAGGACAUUGCCGUUCCAUCACAGGGAAUAGGAAUCUUCUCGGCUAUUCAAAAGAAUGAAGCUGAUGCCAAUAACACUCUAAGAAUAUUGGACAGUGGUGCUAUCGCGGGCAUGGAUCGCCAAUUAUCAUUGCUCGGCGAAGAUAUCCAAAAGGUUCGGGAUAUGAUUUUGAAAGUCAAUGAAGCUGUCCUGGAUGUUGCACAAAAUGAAUUCAUAAGGCAACUUCCCUGGGCAACAUGUGCUGGUUUCAACGAAGGACUGGGUGGAAUGGUCCCACCUUCCUGCCAUGAAAAUACCAGGAGAGAUAUACUGGAAAUCAUCCGCUGCUGGGGCGAAGACGGUGGCGGGGAGCAGAAAUGUAUUUUCUGGCUAAGCGGCAUGGCCGGCACCGGCAAAUCAACAAUUGCGCGUACUGUUGCUCGCAUAUUCCAUGGGAAUGCUCACCUCGGAGCCAGCUUCUUCUUUUCCAAGGGCCAAGAAGAUCGGACCAACAGCGAAAGAUUCUUCUCGACUCUGGCGCAUGAUCUCGCCACAAAAGUGCCUGGAUUCGAUGCAUGCCUAUACCAAGCCGUACCCAAGCAUGAGGACAUGCGCACGAAAAGUUUAAAAGACCAGUGGGAGUUUCUCAUCCUUAACCCCCUCCAAUCCUUGGGCUCAAGAUUACUUGUGCCCGUGCAAUUGGUGGUGGUCAUCGAUGCACUUGACGAAUGCAAAGGCACUGAGGCUGUACCUCAUAUCGUCAGUCUCUUGUUAGAGGCCAAUUCACUGCAACGAAUUCGGCUCAAGAUUCUUGUUACAAGUCGAAAUGAGAAGCACAUUGUUCAGAGCCUGGAUGGAAAUCCCGAUGUGACUCAUCUGUCGUUGGAAGAAGGGGUCGGGGCAAGGAAUAUCGAACAUGACAUUUCCGUCUACAUCCGGCAUGAGCUUGAUAGGAUCGCACAAUCUGCGCGAUUGAAGGAACUAGAAGGCUGGCCGCUAUCGAAGAAGUUACAAGUCUGGCCGAAGGAGAAUCAAACCCAGGAAUUAGUGCGUUGGAGUGGAAAACUGUUCAUUGCUGCGGCUACCGCAUGUAAAUUUCUGGAUGACACCGAUUUCCCGAUUGACAGACUCUCAAGAUUUCUCGAGGCCAAGAGGACAACAGGCAGUGGGACAGACGCUCUUGACGAUAUGUACCGUCAUCUCCUUCGGUCCGCAAGCUCCGAACGCGAUGAGGACGAGCUUAUUCGGCUCUUCCCCAUCGUUGUAGGAGCUAUACUUGUUUCCAAAGAACCGAUUUCAGUAUUUGACAUGAAGAGGCUAUUGGAAUUGGAAGUCGGUCAGAUAACUUUCAUACUAGGCCGCCUGAAAUCUGUCUUGAUUGUCCCGCAUGAUGUAACAGCGCCAGUUCGACUUUUUCAUCUCUCGUUCCGUGAUUUCCUUGUCGACGAAAAAAGAUGCCUAGACAAGAAUCUUCUGAUCGACGAGAGAAAAGCUAAUGCAAGAUCGUUUCAGAAUUGUUUGAAGCACAUUUCAAGCCGACUAAAAAAGGAUAUGUGUGGUCUACAUCAGCCAGGCACGCUCUUUUCUGAAAUUGAUCAAAACCGCGUCACCCAAUACAUUCCUCACGUCGUUCAAUAUGCAUGCCAAUAUUGGGCUUCUCAUUUGAAGGACGCAGGGCCUUCCUCAUCCGAGACAGGGAUGUGGAUAGAGGCUUCUGGAUUUCUUAAGGAACAUCUUCUUCAUUGGAUCGAGGCCCUCGCUCUUCUCGAAAGAGUUGAUGAUGCAGUAAAUGCAACUGCGAUUUUGAAAAAUCUCGCCUUGAUAAGUUCAGGUUCAGUUGAGUAUGGAUUAGAUUGCCUAGUUCAUGAACAAGCAGAAUACCGACCAUCGAGCCUUUACCGAUGACGCCCACCGAUUCAUUCUCUAGCAUCGAGCCAUCAUUGCAAACGCACCACUCCAGGUUUACUAUAUGGCAACUGCUUUCACCCCCGCGAAAAGUCUGAUACGAAACCAGUUUUCGAAACACUACCCGCAAUGGCUACGCAAGUCUCCUGCCAUUGAAAGUCAUUGGGGCCUCGAAGAACAGGUUUUUGCCACAGGUGGUCCAACACAGGCUGUAGCGGUAUCUCCAAACGGAACAUUGGUGGCAAUUGCCA